CAUCGCUCCCUUCCGGCAAGGCCUGGGACUUGUCCAUCGCUGCUCUCUCUGCUCCUGAUCCCUCCAUCUCUCCAUCGCUCCAUCGCUCCAUCCCACGUCUCCUCGGCUCCUGCAGACACAGCAUCAUGGCCGGUCUGCACCGACCCCUCGUCGCUCCCCUCGCCGUCUCGCUGGCUAUCGGCACCGUGCUUGCGGCUGCGUCCUCCGACCAUUCGGUCGUCACGGCCUUCUCCAGAGUCACUUCCGACAGAAAGGUCCCGCUCCUCGAUCGCCUCAACUCGCAGGCGCUGUUCAUGUCUGCUCGCUAUGAUCCAGCCUACUCCAGUGACAGCAGCGCAUCCAACCAGUCCUCGUUUGUCCUUGCUGCCUCCGGCCCUGUUGGCCAAACCCUGAUCAACGCCGGUGAUAUGUCUUACAUGGCUCCCAUCUCGAUGGGAACUCCCGCCCAGCAGUUCACCGUCAUUCUCGACACGGGAUCCGCCAACCUCUGGCUCACCACGACACAGACCACGCCUCAAGUCGCUGCCGUGAAAAAGUUCAACUCUGCAGUAUCCUCGACCUAUGUCAAGACACCCAACGGCGACAGCGUCAAAAUCCAGUACGGAAGCGGCGCCUUGGUCGGCUUUCUGGCCGAGGAUACCUUCUCGGCGUCCGGAUUUUCCGUGACCGGACAGGACUUUAUGCUGGCCACCAGCCUCGACUCGACCCUUGCGGGCCAGAUGGGCACGGGCACUUCGUGGGACGGCAUCUGGGGCAUGGCCUUUCCGGCUCUGGCUGCGGGCACAAAAUUGGCCAGCUUGCCCAUUCCACCAUUCAUCAAUCUCGGCAAGCAAUUCUCCAGCUCCACGUUUGCCUUCUGGCUCGACACUACAGGGUCCACGGGAACCGGCGGCGGAGAGCUGGUGCUCGGCGGUUGCAACCCCAACCACUUCACAGGGUCGCUGCAGUGUAUGUCGGUCGUGCCAGGCCCUGUGGGCCCAGAUCAAUGGCGAGUCAACAUGCCCAACAUCACGGUGGGCUCCGCGAGCGUGACGCUGCCUGUCUCGAACCGACAUGCCAUUCUCGAUACCGGCACGUCAUUUGUUGGGCUUCCGAGUGCGAUCUACUCGGCCCUCAUCCCAAUGCUUCAGCUCAAAACACAAACAACGAGCGGCGGCCUGCUCGCGGUCGACUGCUCGGUCAUUACCACCCUGCCCAACAUCACUUUUAUUCUCGGAACUUCGCCCUUCACCCUUGCCCCGGGGGACUACAUUUACCAGGACUCAUCCAUGCUUCAGCCCUGUAUUCUCGGAUUUGUCAACGUCGGCACCUUUACCGACGUCAUCUUGGGUGACACCUUCUUGCGCAAGUACUACAGCGUCUACGACACCACGAAUCUCCAAGUUGGCCUGGCGGUGUCAUCUGGCGGACAGGGCCUUGGCACAGGCGCUCAAGCGUCGUCGAACGCGUGCUCAUGCGGAGCAUCGGGAACUGGCCAGGCGGCUGAUCCGGCUGGUGGAUUGACCAACCUCAUCAUCGGUGGUGGAAGUCAGUAUAUUCGCAUUGGGCCUUGGUACAUCAACCUGUAUCUGUUUAUCGGAAUCUGCGGCAUCCUGGCAAUCAUCGUUCUGUCGAUCGCAGCGUCGUGCCUCAAACGGUGCCGCGGCAGCCGUCGGAUCAAGCCUGGAUACAAUUCGAGCGCGAGUCCAAGCCAGAUGUACUCGUCGGGGUAUGAAACGUCGCCGCAAGGCUACGCAACUUCGGGGCAGUAUCAAUACCAGCACGAGCCGCAGCCCUACCAGUACGAUCAGUAUCAACGCUACCAAUACGAGCAGCAGUCGUACCGCAACGACCAGUCGCCGUCGUUCGUUCCGCAGUCAUACUCGCCCCGCAACGGCGCAACGGAUCGCGCGAACACCGGCGGCGGUCGUCGGGGCAACCCGGGCUAUCCCGCGCAGUACCAGGCGAACAACGGCGAACGAUACUACUAGCCUGGGGCCUGUGACACGCAUGAAUCGAUCAAAUGUCGCUCUCUCUUCUAUUUAUUGAAAAGCGAUUGCGCCGAUGGACGCGUCAGUCUCGCUUGGAUUGGACUCGGUGGACGAUCCUGUCGGCUCGACACCAAGCCGCUGCACGGUGGCCACAACGAGCCCGUUCGGAGGGCGCCCGGAACCCUCUCUGCAUCCGGAAUGGUGUCGCCUCGCUUUUUUUCCUUCCACACACGCACACCACCCUCAUUUUUGACGUUCGAGAAGCCAAUACAAAACGCAGUGGAUCGACUGGGCCGGACACGUUCGCGCUCGAUGAAUCAUCGAA